AUGGCACCGCCGUGCAACGUGUUCCCGGUUUCGAAGCUGGAGCUUCACGUUCAAGCCGAUGUCAAGGGCAAGAAGCGCAAGCUCCCGGGGGGCGCUGACGUCGACUUGACCAAGUGUGCGCUGAAGGAGAUGACGCAGUAUCGGUGCUUUAUUGACGACCCAAAGUCCCGAGACAGCCCGGUGCGAUGUUGGCCCAUACACCGGCUCUUUCGGCAAUGUCAGGACAAAAAGGGAACAUUCACAGUUGAGACGACAGCCUGGGAGGGUUCAAGCUCCAACACACACCAGAGCCCCCCAACGACAGGCGGCCAUAAACUUGACGGGGGCCACCACGACGUGCCGUCGUACCAUGAAUGGUUACGGGCGUAA